AUGGAUGAGAAUGAAGAAAUUGAGGAGGAGUUUGAGGAGGAUGAGGAGAUCUUUGAGGAAGAGUCUGGCGUUCCUGUGAGAAGAGUCGUCAGGAAGAAGGCUAAGGUGGACACCUCCAAGUUCAUGACUCCUUACCUGGCCCACAGCCAGAAGAUGCUGGACUUGUUCUCCUAUAACAAGUACCGUCAUGCCUAUGACAAGGCUAAGGGGAAACCCUAUGACAUCUCGGCUGACACCCCUGAGAUGGUCCGGAUCAAGAAGGCUCAGGAGCAGCUGUCUGAGGUGAAAUACCGGAUGGAGGGCAAUAAGGUCAGGUGUACCAGUCUGUACGAUGGGGAGGCCAGAGAGAUCGCUCAUGUCAAGCAUGUCUCGGAGUUGAUCAGCAAGGUUCUGUACAGGGCCAAGUGGGAUGAGACUAAGGACAGGUACUUGCUGCCCCCUGAUGCCCCUGAGCUUGUCCUGGCUGUGAAGAAUGCUGCCAACUACAGCAAGAAACUGUACACCGAGGCCUGGGAUGAGGACAAGACCAUGUGCUAUCCCUACAGUGACUCUCCUGAGCUGCGCAGGGUGGCAAAGGCACAGGAGGUCCUCAGUGAUAUCCUGUACAAGAAGGGUCAUGCUGAACGCACGGCGAAGUACACCUCUCUGGCUGUCUCUAAUGAUAUGGAGAUGGCCAAGAAAAAUUUUGAACAGCGCAGUGACCUCAAGUACCAUGAGGACUACAACAAGAACGUCAAGGGCCACUGGUGCGAAACACCCUACAUUGAUGUGGCUGUUGCUAGGGUGGCUAUGGACAACGUCAGCAAUAAAAAGUACACGGCUGCAUAUGAGGACAUAAAAGACCAAAUCAAUUUUAUGCAAACUGAGACGCCAGAAUACAAACAGAACAAGAAGGCUGGUCACGCUGCCAGCUCAAUCAAAUACAAGAAGGACUAUGAGAAGAGCAAAGCGGUGGCUGACUACAAUGUUCUCCCAGCCUCUGACAACCCUAUGCUCAGGCAGCUGAGAUACGCUGGCACCAUCUUGAGUGACAAAGUGUACAAGGCCAGCUAUGAGAAAUCUAGGGGGUCCAGUAUCAACUACUGUGAUACGCCCAAAUUCAAGAUGGACUCUGUUGUACAAAAGUUCAGUGACGUACAUUAUAAAGACAAGUAUAAGAAUGAGGUGAAGGGACACUAUAUUGGCAGCUAUGAGGACAUCUACAUGCUUCACUGCAAGAAAGUGGAGGAGAUAAAGAGCGAGCAAAAUUACAAAGCAGAUUAUGAGGACAUCAAGACAAGAUGUUUCUAUCCUCAAACCAUGACGCCAGAAUAUGAGGCUUAUAAGAAAGUUGCACAGUGUAAAGAUAAAGUUUACCGGCAACAUCCGGACACAGUGAAAUUUACGCAAGUGACAGACUCGCCUGUUCAAGUGCAAUCUGCCAUCAACGCCAAACAGCUGAGUGAUCUCAACUACCAUGCAGCGUAUGAGUUGGAUAAGUUUAAGUGUGCCCUGCCCCCAGACUACCCGUUCUUCAUCCAGUCCAAAGUUAAUGCAUUUAACCUUAGUGAUAAUUGUUACAAGUAUGAUUGGGAGAAAGCAAAAGCCAAGCAGUUUGAGUUUAAGGGUGAUGCUAUCUCGAUCCUUGCAGCCCGUGCCCACACAAACAUAGCCAGUGACGUCAAAUACAAGAAGGAUUUUGAGAAGAACAAGGGAAAGAUGGUGGGAGCCCUCAGCAUCCGCGACGACCCCAAGAUGCUACACUCCAUGCACGUGGCCAAAAUACAGAGUGAUCGUGAGUACAAGAAGGACUACGAGAAGACAAAGACCAAGUACAUCACCACGCUGGACAUGAUGUCUAACACCCUGGCCAAGAAGUCCCAGGGUAUCGCCAGCAUGGCCGGCUACAGAACCAUCCACAACCGCUACUUCCUGCCCUACGACGCCAUGUCCCUGGACCUGGCCAAGAAUGCCAACAUCAUCCAGAGUGACAAUGAAUACCAUUCAGACUACAACAACUUCACCAAGGGAUCUGGUUGGGUCACCUUCGGCUCCAUGGAAGUGGAGAAGGCCAAGAAAGCCGGAGAGAUCCUCAAUGAGAGAAAGUACCGUCAGCACCCAGACACCGUCCCGUUCACUUCCAUCGCUGACCAUCCAGUCAUGAUGCAGGCCCAGGUCAACCAGCUAAUGAGGAGUGAUCUUCACUACAAGAAGGGUCUUGAGGAGAUCCACCAGAAGUACUCUCUGCCCCAUAAUGACCCCCAGUUCCUUCAGGCCAAAUGCAACGCCUACAACAUCAGCAAGAACUACUACAAGCAAAGCUGGGAGGAAACCAUUGCGAAAGGCUACGACAUGAGGCCAGAUGCUAUCUCUGUCAUCCAUGCUAAGCAUGGCAGACAUAUUGCCAGUGAUAUCCAGUACAAGAAAGACCAUGUGAAGGGAAGAGGCAAACAAGUGGGCUGCCGUAAUCUUCAGGAUGACCCCUUGCUGGUGCACUACAUGCAGGUGGCCAAGAUGCAGAGUGAGAGGAACUACAAGAAGGACUACCACAAGUCCAAGCUGAAGUACUGCUCCCCAGUUGACAUGAUGAGUGUUGCACAUGCUAAGCAAGCCUCUGCAGUGCAAACCUAUACUGGCUACAGGAAAGUCCAACACCAUUACAGUCUUCUCCCUGACUCCAUGAACCUUGAGCUGGCUCGCAACAUGAACACCAAUGCCAGUGAUGUGAACUACAAAGCGGAUUGGGAGAACUAUGUGAAGGGAACUGGCUGGAUCCCUAUCGGAUCCAUUCCAGUGGAGCUAGCCAAGCAGGCCGGCGCCGCUCUGGACGAGCACAAGUACAGGCAGCACCCUGAAAACUUUAAAUUCACCAGCAAGAUGGACGGCAUGAAUAUGGAGCUGUGCAAGCAGAACCAAAAGAUUAUGAAUGUUCAUGACUAUAAAGCCAGUGGAGAGAAGUUCCUGCACACCUACAAUCUCCCUGCAGAUGCACCAGAGUUCAUGCAAGCUAAAUACAACGCUGUCAACAUCAGCAAGAACUAUUACACAUACGCUCACCGUCAAGACAUUCUCAAAGGACACCAGAUGAAGGCAGAUGCCAUCCCCAUCAUGGCUGCCAGGGCCUGCACUAAUAUUGCCAGCAAUUACAAGUACAAGCUGGCGUACGAGAAGGGAAGAGGCAAACAAGUGGGCUGCCGUAAUCUUCAGGAUGACCCCUUGCUGGUGCACUACAUGCAGGUGGCCAAGAUGCAGAGUGAGAGGAACUACAAGAAGGACUACCACAAGUCCAAGCUGAAGUACUGCUCCCCAGUUGACAUGAUGAGUGUUGCACAUGCUAAGCAAGCCUCUGCAGCACAAACCUAUGCUGGCUACAGGAAGAGCCUCCACAACUACACUCUUCUCCCUGAGGCAAUGCCUGUUCAGCUGGCUCGCACCAUGAUGGAAAUCCAGAGCAACAACACCUAUAAGUCUGACUACAACAACGUGUACAGGGGUUCUGGCUGGAUUCCUAUUGGCUCUAUGGAGGUGGAGUUGGCUAAGACAGCCAAGGCAGCCCUAGAUGAGCACGGCUACCGUGUGCACCCCAGCACCCUGAAGUUCACCAGUCUGACUGAUCAGAUGAACAUGGCCCUUGCCAUGACCAACACCAAGUUACUUGAUGACGCUUCAUACAGAGCAUCUGGCGAGAAGUUCAAGCACACGUACAACCUGCCUGCAGACAGCCCUCAGUUCCUCCAGGCCAAGUACAACGCCCAGACCCUGAGCGAGUCUCACUACAAGCACAAGUGGGUGGAAGAUAUCGCCAAAGGCUACGACAUGAGGCCAGAUGCUAUCUCUGUCAUCCAUGCUAAGCAUGGCAGACAUAUUGCCAGUGAUAUCCAGUACAAGAAAGACCAUGUGAAGGGAAGAGGCAAACAAGUGGGCUGCCGUAAUCUUCAGGAUGACCCCUUGCUGGUGCACUACAUGCAGGUGGCCAAGAUGCAGAGUGAGAGGAACUACAAGAAGGACUACCACAAGUCCAAGCUGAAGUACUGCUCCCCAGUUGACAUGAUGAGUGUUGCACAUGCUAAGCAAGCCUCCGCAGCACAAACCUAUAUUGGCUACAGGAAGGUUCGACACCACUACACUCUUCUCCCUGACUCCAUGAACCUUGCGUUGGCUCGCACCGUGAAUGCCAGUUGCAGUGAUUACGAGUACAAGUCUGACUGGAACAACUAUGUGAGAGGAACGGGAUGGAUUCCUGUUGGCUCACUGCCGGUGGAGCUUGCAAAGGUUGGCGCGGACAUCCAGAGUGAACAUAAGUACCGUACACACCCUUCCAAAUUCCAGUUCAAGAAGCUGAUGGACUCCAUGGACAUGGUCCUGGCCACUGACAACAACAAGAUCAUGAACAAGCAAGAAUACACCAAACAAUGGCACAAGGACAAGCUCACAGUCCAUGUGAUGCCAGAUGCCCCUGAGAUUGUCCUGGCCAAGGCUAAUGCUAUCAACAUGAGUCAGAAGCUUUACAAAUCCGGUCUGGAGGACAUGUAUAAAAAGGGCUACGAUCUCAAACCUGAUGCCAUUGCUGUUCUGGCUGCCAAGAAAGGCACUACCAUUGCCAGUGACUACAAGUACAAGCUGGCGUACGAGAAGGGAAGAGGCAAACAAGUGGGCUGCCGUAAUCUUCAGGAUGACCCCUUGCUGGUGCACUACAUGCAGGUGGCCAAGAUGCAGAGUGAGAGGAACUACAAGAAGGACUACCACAAGUCCAAGCUGAAGUACUGCUCCCCAGUUGACAUGAUGAGUGUUGCACAUGCUAAGCAAGCCUCUGCAGUGCAAACCUAUGCUGGCUACAGGAAAGUCCAACACCACUACACUCUUCUCCCUGACUCCAUGAACCUUGCGUUGGCUCGCACCAUGAAUGCCAGUUGCAGUGAUUACGAGUACAAGUCUGACUGGAACAACUAUGUGAAAGGAACGGGAUGGAUUCCUAUUGGCUCACUGCCGGUGGAGCUUGCAAAGGUUGGCGCGGACAUCCAGAGUGAACAUAAGUACCGUACACACCCUUCCAAAUUCCAGUUCAAGAAGCUGAUGGACUCCAUGGACAUGGUCCUGGCCACUGACAACAACAAGAUCAUGAACAAGCAAGAAUACACCAAACAAUGGCAGAAGGACAAGCUCACAGUCCAUGUGAUGUCAGAUGCCCCUGAGAUUGUCCUGGCCAAGGCUAAUGCUAUCAACAUGAGUCAGAAAACCUACAAAGCAGGUCUGGAGGCAAUGUAUAAUAAGGGUUACGACCUGAAGGUUGAUGCCAUCACCAUCCAGGCUGCCAAGCAGGGCACCAAAAUCGCCAGCGACUACAAGUACAAGCUGAAUCACCAGAAGAAUAGGGGAAAACAAGUGGGCUGCCGUAAUCUUCAGGAUGACCCCUUGCUGGUGCACUACAUGGAGGUGGCCAGGUUGCAGAGUGACAAGAACUACAAGAAGGACUACCACAAGUCCAAGCUGAAGUACCACUCCCCGGUAGACAUGAUGAGUGUUGCGCAUGCCAAACACGCCUCCACAGUGCAGACGUAUGCUGGCUACAGGAAGAUCCAGCACCAUUAUACUGUGCUUGCCGAUGCCAUGAACGUGGAGUUGGCUAAGCAGAUGCAGACGAUUGCCAGUGAUAAUUUGUACAAAAGUGACUAUGAGACUUGCAUCAAAGGCACAGGAUGGAUUCCCAUUGGUUCUCUGGAUGUAGAGAAAGCCAAAACAGCGGGCAUGAUUGGCAGUGAGAAACUUUACCGCCAACACCCCAGCGGCUUCAAGUUUACCAAAGACAUGCACUCCAUGGACCUCGUCCUUGCCAGUGCUAACAAUGCGAUCAUGAACAAGCAAACGUACAUUGAUACCUGGAAUAAGGAUAAGACCGCUGUCCACAUGAUGCCAGACUCAAUGGAGGUGGUUUUGGCCAGAGCCAACAAGAUCAACUGCAGUAAUACACUGUAUAAGCUUGCCAAUGAACAGGACAAGAAGAAGGGUUAUGACCUGCGCAACGAUGCUAUUGCAAUCCAGGCAGCCAAACAGGGCACAUCCAUUGCUAGCGAUUUCAAAUACAGGGCUGGCUACCGUAAACAGAUUGGCCACCACAUUGGAGCCCGCUGCAUCGAGGAUGACCCUCUGCUCAUGCUGGCUCUGAACUCAGCCAAGAUUGCCAGUGAUGCCCUGUACAAGAAAGACUUCCACAAGUCCAAGACAAGGUUCCAUCUCCCAUUGGACAUGAUGGCCUUUGAGUUGGCCAAAAAGAACCAGAUUCAGGUCAACCAUGCCAAAUAUGUAACUCGCCUGCACAACUGGACCUGUCUGCCAGACUCCAGUGAUGUCGUCCAUGCCAGACAUGUCUAUGACAUAGCGAGUGAUGCUGUGUACAAGGCUGAUCUCAAGAGCCUGCAAGGUAUCGGAUGGGUUCCCAUCGGCUCACUUGAUGUUGAGAAGGCAAAGAAAGCCACAGAGGUCCUGAGUGAGAAGCUGUAUCGUCAGCACCCGAGCAACUUCAAGUUCACCAGCUCAGUUCAAGACAUGGGAAUGGUUUUGGCUAAACAAAAUAAUGAUAAUGCCAACAAGCAAGCGUACACUGAGGCCUGGGAGAAGGACAAGACCAAGAACCACAUUAUGCCAGAUGCGAUGGAAGUGGUUUUGGCCAAUGCAAAUAAGUCCAACUACAGUUGGAACCAAUACAGAAAAGCAAUGGAAGAAGAUAAGAAGAAGGGCUAUGAUUUGCGCAAUGAUGCCAUUGCUAUCAUCGCAGCCAAGCACGGCAGGGAAAUUAUCAGUGAUCACAAGUACAAGACUGGCUAUCGUAAGCAGGUUGGCCACCACAUUGGAGCGCGCUGCGUUGAGGAUGACCCUCUGCUCAUGCUGGCUAUUAACUCAGCUAAGAUUGCCAGUGAUGCCCUGUACAAGAAGGACUUCCACCAGUCCAAAACCAAGUUCCACCUCCCAUUGGACAUGAUGGCCUUUGAGUUGGCCAAAAAGAACCAGAUUCAGGUCAACCAUGCCAAAUAUGUAACACGCCUGCACAACUGGACCUGUCUGCCAGACUCCAGUGAUGUCGUCCAUGCCAGACAUGUCUAUGACAUAGCGAGUGAUGCUGUGUACAAGGCUGAUCUCAAGAGCCUGCAAGGUAUCGGAUGGGUUCCCAUCGGCUCACUUGAUGUUGAGAAGGCAAAGAAAGCCGCUGAGGUCCUGAGUGAGAAGCUGUAUCGUCAGCACCCGAGCAACUUCAAGUUCACCGUCUCAGUUCAAGACAUGGGAAUGGUUUUGGCUAAACAAAAUAAUGAUAAUGCCAACAAGCAAGCGUACACUGAGGCCUGGGAGAAGGACAAGACCAAGAACCACAUUAUGCCAGAUGCGAUGGAAGUGGUUUUGGCCAAUGCAAACAAGUCCAACUACAGUUGGAACCAAUACAGAAAAGCAAUGGAAGAGGAUAAGAAGAAGGGCUAUGAUUUGCGCAAUGAUGCCAUUGCUAUCAUCGCAGCCAAGCACGGCAGGGAAAUUAUCAGUGAUCACAAGUACAAGACUGGCUAUCGUAAGCAGGUUGGCCACCACAUUGGAGCGCGCUGCGUUGAGGAUGACCCUCUGCUCAUGCUGGCUAUUAACUCAGCUAAGAUUGCCAGUGAUGCCCUGUACAAGAAGGACUUCCACCAGUCCAAAACCAAGUUCCACCUCCCAUUGGACAUGAUGGCCUUUGAGUUGGCCAAAAAGAACCAGAUUCAGGUCAACCAUGCCAAAUAUGUAACUCGCCUGCACAACUGGACCUGUCUGCCAGACUCCAGUGAUGUCGUCCAUGCCAGACAUGUCUAUGACAUAGCGAGUGAUGCUGUGUACAAGGCUGAUCUCAAGAGCCUGCAAGGUAUCGGAUGGGUUCCUAUCGGCUCACUUGAUGUUGAGAAGGCAAAGAAAGCCACAGAGGUCCUGAGUGAGAAGCUGUAUCGUCAGCACCCGAGCAACUUCAAGUUCACCAGCUCAGUUCAAGACAUGGGAAUGGUUUUGGCUAAACAAAAUAAUGAUAAUGCCAACAAGCAAGCGUACACUGAGGCCUGGGAGAAGGACAAGACCAAGAACCACAUUAUGCCAGAUGCGAUGGAAGUGGUUUUGGCCAAUGCAAACAAGUCCAAUUACAGUUGGAACCAAUACAGAAAAGCAAUGGAAGAAGAUAAGAAGAAGGGCUAUGAUUUGCGCAAUGAUGCCAUUGCUAUCAUCGCAGCGAAGCACGGCAGGGAAAUUAUCAGUGAUUACAAGUACAAGGCAGGCUACCGCAAGCAGGUUGGCCACCACAUUGGAGCCCGCUGCGUCGAGGAUGACCCUCUGCUCGUGCUGGCUCUUAACUCAGCCAAGAUUGCCAGUGAUGCCCUGUACAAGAAGGACUUCCACCAGUCCAAGACCAAGUUCCACCUCCCAUUGGACAUGAUGGCCUUUGAGUUGUGCAAGAAGAACCAGAUCCAGGUCAAUGACUUCAACUACAGAACUCGCCUGCACAACUGGACCUGUCUGCCAGACUCCAGUGAUGUCGUCCAGGCCAGACAUGUCUAUGACAUUAAUAGUGAGGCGGUGUACAGGGCUGACAUGAAGUGGCUCAGGGGAAUGGGAUGGGUCCCUAUUGGCUCACUUGAUGUGGAAAAAGCCAAGAAGGCCGCCGAGAUCUUGAGUGAGAGGAAAUACCGCCAGCACCCCAGCACUCUGGCGUUCAAAAGCCCCCUCGACAGCAUGGAUAUCGUUCUGGCCAAAAGUAAUGCCCAGAUCAUGAACAAGCGCCAGUAUGUUGAACAAUGGGAUGCUGAUAAGAUCAAAAUCCAUGUCGGCAAUGAGCUUCCAGAGCUUGUGCUGGCCAAGGCCAACGCGAUCACCCUGAGCAACAAACUGUACAGACAAGGAUUUGAUGAUACCAUCAAGAAGGGCUAUUACCUUCCUGUCGAUGCAAUCUCCGUCAAGGCUGCCAAGCACGGUAGAGAGAUUAUCAGCGAUUACAAGUACAAGGCUGGAUACAGCAAGCAGGUUGGCCACCACAUUGGAGCGCGCUGCGUUGAGGAUGACCCUCUGCUCAUGCUGGCUAUUAACUCAGCUAAGAUUGCCAGUGAUGCCCUGUACAAGAAGGACUUCCACCAGUCCAAAACCAAGUUCCACCUCCCAUUGGACAUGAUGGCCUUUGAGUUGUGCAAGAAGAACCAGAUCCAGGUCAAUGACUUCAACUACAGAACCAAACUGCACAACUGGACCUGUUUGCCAGACUCCAGUGAUGUCGUCCAUGCCAGGAGGGUCUACGAUCUGCAUAGUGACGCUGUCUACCAUGCCGACAUGGAGUUCAUUCGAGGUACUGGCUGGGUCCCCAUUGGCUCUCUGGACGUGUUGAAAGCCAAGAAAGCUGCAGAGAUCCUGAGCGACCGCCUCUACAAGCAGAAACCAGAUACUCUUAAAUAUACCACCGACAUGCACUCCAUGCCUAUGGUGCUGGCCAAGGCUAAUGCUGAGAUCAUGAACAAGGGCAACUAUGUUGCACAAUGGGAUGCUGAUAAGAUCAAAAUUCACGUCGGCAAUGAGCUUCCAGAACUUGUGCUGGCCAAGGCCAACGCGAUCAACAUAAGCAACAAAACAUACAAAUCCGAACUGGAGGAGAUGUACAAGAAGGGCUAUGACCUGAAAAACGAUUGUAUCGCCAUCAAAGCUGCCAAGCAUAGUAGAGAAAUCAUCAGUGAUUACAAGUACAAGGCAGGCUACCGCAAGCAGGUUGGCCAUCACAUUGGAGCCCGCUGCGUCGAGGAUGACCCUCUUCUCGUGCUGGCUCUUAACUCAGCCAGAAUUGCCAGUGAUGCCCUGUACAAGAAGGACUUCAACAAAUCCAAGACCAAAUUCCACCUGCCAGUGGACAUGCUGACCAUUGAACUGGCCAAGAAAUGCCAGAUUCAGGUCAACGACUUCAACUACAGAACUCGCCUGCACAACUGGACCUGUCUGCCAGACUCUAGUGAUGUCGUCCAGGCCAGGAAGGUCUAUGCUCUGCAUAGUGACGCUGUGUACAGGGCUGAUUUGGAGUGGCUCAGAGGCACUGGCUGGGUCCCUAUUGGCUCGAUCGACGUUGAGAAAGCCAAGAAGGCCAGCGAGAUCCUGAGCGAGAGGAAAUAUCGCCAGCACCCAAGCAACUUCAAGUUUACCGCCAAAACCGACGGCAUGCCUUAUGCCUUGGCUGCGGCCAAUGCCCAGAUAAUGGACAAGCGCCAGUAUGUUGAACAGUGGGAGGCUGAUAAGGUCAACAUCCAUGUCGGCAAUGAGCUGCCAGAGCUUGUGCUGGCCAAGGCCAACGCGAUCAUCCUGAGCAACAAACUCUACCGUGAAGGAUUUGACGAGAUGAUCGGACAGGGCUAUCACCUGGAUAAGGAUGCCAUUGCUGUCCAACAUGCCAAGAAGGGCAGAGAGAUCAUCAGUGAUUACAAGUACAAGGCCGGCUUCCGCAAUCAGUGUGGCCACCAUGUUGGAGCCCUAUGCAUUGAGGAUGACCCUCUGCUUGUGAUGGCUGCCAAUGCCGCCAGGAUUUCCAGUGAUAUUCUCUACAAAAAGGACUUCCACCUUACCAAGACCAAGUUCCAUCUCCCACUUGACAUGAUGUCCUUCGACUUGGCCAAGAAAGGCCAGUCCCAAAUCCAAGAAUUCUCCUACAGAACUAAACUGCACAACUGGACCUGUAUGCCAGACAACACUGAUGUUGUCCAAGCCAGGAAGGUCUACGAUCUGCAUAGUGACGCUGUGUACAGGGCUGAUCUGGAGUGGCUCAGAGGGUGCGGCUGGUUGCCCCAGGGUUCUGUGGAUGUCAUUAAGGCAAAAAAUGCCCAAACCAUCCUCAACGAAAGGCUGUACCGCCAGCCCCCCAGCUCUAUCAAGUUCACCAGUGUCAUUGACUCUCCAGAGAUUGUCCUGUCGAAGCAGAAUGCUGAGACCCUCAGUGGUAGGAAAUAUAGAGAGGUUUGGGAUACUGAGAAGACCAAUAUCCACCUGAACAAUGACCUACCUUCUAUUGUGCUGUCCAAGGCUAAUGCUAUCGCCAUCAGCAACAAACUGUACACUAAGGAUUGGGAUGCUGACAAGGCUAAGGGAUACCACAUCAAGGAGGAUGCCAUCGCUGUGCUGAAGGCCAGAAAAUCUAGAGACAUCAUCAGCGACUACAAAUACCACGAGGGCUACCGCAAGCAGGUUGGCCACCACAUUGGAGCCCUCAGCGUCAAUGAUGACCCUCUGAUCAUGUUGGCUCUGAACUCAGCCAAAAUUGCCAGUGAUGCCCUGUACAAGAAGGACUUCAACAAAUCCAAGACCAACUUCCACCUCCCAGUCGACAUGCUGACCAUUGAACUGGCCAAGAAAUGCCAGGUCCAGGUCAACGACUUCAACUACAGAACUCGCCUGCACAACUGGACCUGUCUGCCAGACUCCACUGAUGUCGUCCAGGCCAGGAAAACCUAUGAUCUGCAGAGCGAUGCUGUGUACAAGUCUGAUCUGGAGUGGCUGAGGGGAUGUGGUUGGAACCCCCAUGAGUCUGUGGGGGUCUUGAAAGUGAAACACGCCCAAGCGGUCCUGGCUGAAAGAGGUUACCGCGUCAAGUUGGAUCAGCAGACGUUCACGGCUCCUGUGGACCGAAUGGACCUGGUUUGCGCUAAGAACGCUGCAGAUAUCCUCAAUGAGGCUAAUUACCGUGCACUCUGGCACACGGAGAAGACUAAGUACACGAUCACAGACACCCCAGUACUGGCAACAGCAAGAGAGGUGGCCAAGAAUCUCCAUCCAAAACUGUACACCAAGGACUGGGAUAAGGUCAAAGCCACCGGCUUCUUCAUGCCCGGAGAUGCUGUUCCCAUCAAGCAGUGCAUCCACAACAAUAAAGUCCAGAGCGAUCACAAAUACAAGGCAGAAUACCGUAAGCAGGCCGGCCAUCACAUUGGAGCCCGCUGCGUCGAGGAUGACCCUCUGCUCAUGCUGGCUCUGAACUCAGCCAAGAUCGCCUCUGAUGCCCUGUACAAGAAAGACUUCAAUAAGUCCAAGACCAAGUUCCAUCUGCCAGUGGACAUGCUGUCUUUCGAGCUGGCCAAGAAAUGCCAGGUCCAGGUCAAUGACAAACACUACAGGACCCAUCUACACAACUGGACCUGUCUGCCAGACUCCACUGACGUCAAACAGGCCCGCAAAGCGUACGACCUUCAGAGUGACUUUGUCUACAAGGCCGAUCUGGAAUGGCUCCGUGGCUGUGGAUGGAUGGCUGCAGACUGUGUCGAUCACGUCAAAGUUAGGAAUGCCCAGAAGAUCAUGAACGAGAGGCUUUACAAGAAGGAUGCCAAAGACAACUUUGCCAAAUACACACACAUCGUGGAUCGUCCUGAGAUUAUCCUGGCCACCAUCAAUGCUUUUAACCUCAGUGAUCUGAAGUACAAGGAGACCUUCAACGCAGAGAAGGGCAAGUACAUCGGCUCAGAGGACACACCCCAGCUGGCCCAUAGCAGAGAGGUCGCCAAGGUCAUCAGUGAGAAAUACUACAAACUGGCCUGGGACGAAAGCAAAGCCACUGGUUACCAGCUCGACCCUCAGUACAUUCCUGUAGUCGGAGCCAAGAAGAACAGGGAGAUCGUCAGUGACGCUAAGUACCAUGACGCCCAUGAGAAGGCCAAGGGCCACUACCUGGCUGGCACCCUGGUGGACUUCCCUGAGGUGAUACGCUGUGGAGAACAGGAGAAACAGAAGGGCCUGAGGGAUUACCAGAAGGAGUAUAACACCAACAAGAUCAAGAACCACAUCCCCGCUGACAUCAUUCCCAACGUGGUGGCUAAGAGGUCUCAGGACAUGCUCAGUGAUGUGCUGUACCGCACCUACCUGCACAACUGGACCUGCCACCCCGAACAGGAGGACGCUAUCAGAGCCCGCAAGAACAAUGAGAUCCUGAGCGAUGUGUACUACAAAGAUGACCUGAACUGGAUGAAGGGUAUUGGUUGCUAUGUCUGGGACACACCUGAGAUUGUCCGCGCCAAGAAUGCCUACCUGCUGCAGAGCGAGCUCAAAUACAAAGAGGAGGGUAAGAAGGAAUUCAACAACUACUCCAUCGUGACAGACACCCCUGCCUAUGUGACUGCUAUCCUGGGUCACACCUGGGCCAGUGAUCUGAACUACAGGGAGGCUUACCAUAAGGAAAAACAUAUGUAUACCACAAUUCUGGAUACCUACGACUACGUACGCAACGCCAACCUCAAGCACAUCUACAGCACCAAAAUGUAUACAUCUGCCUGGGACCAGAUCAAGGCUAAGGGUUACACGCUGCCAUCAGACUCCCAUGCCAUGAAACACGCCAAACAACAGAAGGUCAUCCUCAGCAGUGUCAAAUACAGGGAGGAUUAUGAGAAGUUCAAGUCCCUCUACAGUCUGCCCAAGUCCCUGGAGGACGACCCAGAAACUCUCCGCUGCCUCAAAGCCGGACAGAUGGGUCUUGACCGGUUGUACAAGGCAGACUAUGAGAAGACCAAGGCCAAGAACCACAUCCCUCCCGACAUGCUACAUGUCUUGUCAGCCCGUCAAACUCAGAACCAUGUCAGUGAGAUCGGUUACAGGAAGUACCUGCACCAGUGGAUCUGUAUGCCUGAUAUGCAGGUGUACGCCCAGGCACGCAAGGUCAACGAGCAGCUCAGCGACGUCUUCUACAAGGAUGACCUGAACUGGCUGAAGGGAAUUGGCUGCUAUGCUUGGGACACCCCUGAGAUCUUGCGCGUCAAGGCUGCUGACAACCUGCAGAGCGAGAACAAGUACAGAGCCAAGGGCAUUGAGGCAUUCAAGGAGUACUCUAUGGUCAUCGACACUCCUACCUAUGAAACAGCCAAACAGAGUGCUCAGAACCUGAGCGAUCUCCACUACCGUAAUGACUACGUCACCAAUGUCAAGGGAACUAACUCCUCCCCCGCUAUCACCGUUGACACAGAGAGGGCACGCCUGGCCAACUACAACCAGAGUGAUAACUUCUACAAAGAGGCCAACAAGAACUUCAUGCCUACUGGCUACUCUCUACCCCACGACAAUCCUCUCAUGAAGCAGGCUAAGCACAACACCAUCGUUGUUAGCAGCGUGAAGUACAAGAAUGACUAUGAAAAGUCAAAGGCUACGAACUACACCCUAGACCCAGAAGGUGUCAGCUUCGUCAACAUCAGGAACGCCAACAAGGUCACCAACCCGCGUCUGUACCGUGAGCUGUAUGAGAAGGAGAAGGAUAAGGUCCACAGCACCUACGACACACCUGAGAUCAGACAGGUCAAGAUGACCCAGAAGGCCGUCAGCGACUUGUGUUACAAGGAGAAGUAUAUCGCCAACAGAGGCACCAUGAUCCCCAUGGGCAUCACUCCCCAGAUGAUACACUGCAACCACGUCAACGAGAUCACCAGUGACCUGAGAUACAAGGAGGACCUUCUGUGGCUGAGAGGCGUUGGCUGCUUCCUGUAUGACACACCUGAGAUGAUCACUGUCCGCAACAUUAGCAAGUUCAGGGCCAACUAUGAUGUUGAGGCAAAGAAGAACCGUGCCAACUUCACUGUAGUCCUGGGCACACCAGAGUACCAGCGCAUCACUGAGCUCAAGACCCACAUGAGCAACCUGAUGUACAGAGCAAAAGGCAAUGUGGAGAAGACCAAGUGCACCACCACCCUGGACUCCCUUGAGGUCCAGAGAGUCAAAUGGGCCCAACAGCUCAGCAACAAGUUUAUGUACACUGACCUGGCCUCCAAGGAGAGAGCCCACUUCACUCCGGAGAUCAACACCCCCAUAAUGGACCACGCCAGGGCUAUGAAGGUGGUCUUCAGCGAGAUCAAAUACAAAGAUCAGUAUGAGAAGAUGAAGCACAAGUAUACCAGCAUCCAUGACACACCCAUCCUCGUCCGGGCCAAGAAGGCCUACCUACAGUCCAGUGAUCUGCGCUACAAGGAGAGCUUUGAGCAGGCCAAGGGUCACUACCACAGCGUCAAGGAUGCCCUGGACAUCGUGUGUCACCGCAGGGUAACCGAUGACAUCAGCGAGGUCAAAUACAGAGAGAAGUACAACAAUACUCUGGGUACGUGGAGAUCCAUCCCCGACCGUCCCGAGUUCUUCCACAGCAAAAUCAUCUAUAAUAACGUCAGCGACAUCAAGUACAAGGAGGACCUGGAUUGGCUGAAGGGUAUUGGCUGCUACGUGUGGGACAGACCUGAGAUGGUCCAGGCUGAGAAGAACAAAAGCCUCUACAGUGAGAGACUCUACAAAGCAACGUUUGAGAAGAACAGACACCAGUUCAAGUACACAAGUGAUACUCCAUUCUUCCAGGCCGCCAAGAAUGCCUCCGUUAUCAUCAACGAAAAAAGAUAUAGGUCCAGGGCUAGAGAGCUGCUAAAGAAUGGCUGCAAUGAGCUGCUCCGUCCAGACAUCCUCAGUGCCAUUUGCCAGUCCAGCGCGCAGUGUAAGUGGAAGUACAGGGCACAGUAUGAGCGUGCUAAGAACAAGUUCACCUCCAUCCUGGAGACUCCUGAGCAUGAGAGCCACAAACGCAGCAAAGCCAUAUUAGACAAUGUCUACAAGAUGGAGUAUAACAAGAACAAGGCUAAGGGCUACACCCUGGGCCAUGACACUCCACACAGCACACACAUGAAGAAGGUCAAGGAGAUCACCAGCGUGCUGAAGUACAAGGAGAUGUAUGAGAGGAGCAAGGCCCAGAUCAACAUGGACCCUGAAUCCUUUGAAAUCCGUGCUGCCAAGGAAGCCUACAAGAACAUCAGCAAUCUGGACUACAGGAAGAAGUACCAGGCCACCAAAAACAAGUGGAUCUGGACUGUCGACAGACCUGACUUUGUCCACGCUGCCAAGGCCAACUUCCAGCAGAGUGAUAUUGAAUACAAGUAUGACAAGGAGAUGAUGAAGGGUUGUGUGAUGUCCAUCGUGGACGACAAGUUAGCCGUCCUGGCUAAGAAGAAUGCUGAUUUCAGCAAUGUGAAAUACAGAGAGAAGUUUGAGAAGGCAAAAGGCCAGUAUAAGACUGUUCUGGACACUCCUGCUAACCUUCAUGCCAAGUCAGUGCGCAUUCUGGCGUCUGAGAGCAAAUACAAACUGGCCAGCAAGAUGGAUCAUCAGACCAGCAAAUUCAACACUCUGCCCACGACCCGCGAUACCAUCCACGCCAAGGACAUGGGCAAACUGGUCAGCGAGAAACAGUACAAGCAGAAGUUUGAGAAGGAGAAGGGCAAGUCCAAGUACAACAACAUGAGUGUGCCUCCCGAUGUACAGCACGCCAUGGACGUAGCCAAGAAUCAGAGCAAUUUUGCCUACAGGCAGGGCGCUAAGGCCAAGCUCAACUACACCUCUGUGGCUAUGCGCCCAGACAUCAUGAAGGCUACCCAGGCCACCAAGCUCACCAGCAAUAUUGGUUACCGUGACAAAGCUCGCCAGGAGGCUGCCCAUGGAGGCUCACUGACCCACCGUCCAGACAUCGCUCUGGCUACUGCAGUGUCCAAGCUGACCAGCCAGGUGCAGUACAAGGCCAAGUUUGACAAGGAGAAGGGGCUCAGGCCAAAGUAUGACAUGAAGGAAAGUGUGGUUUACAAGACUCAGAAGGAUGCACACGAGCUGGCUAGUGAGGUGAAGUACAAGGGUGACCUGAAGAAGCUGCACACACCUGUAACAGACAUGGCAGAGUCUCUGUCCAUGCAGCACAACCUGAGCACCAGCAAGCUGUCCAGUGACUACCAGUACAAGAAGAAACAUGAGGACAGUAAGGGUCACUACCUCAUGAUCGCUGACACACCAGAACAGCUCCAUCACAAGGAGGCUUCAGAACUACAGAGUCACGUGAAGUACAAGGAGAAAUAUGAGAAGGCUAGAGGAAAGGCUAUGCUGGACUUCGAAACCCCCACCUAUGUGUCGGCUAAGGAGGCCCAGCACAUGCAGAGCGCGAAAGACUAUCAUAAGGAAUAUGAGGAGUCUAUAAAGGGAAAGAACCUCUCAGGCUUGGAGGUCACCCCUGCCAUGUUACAUGUCAGACAUGCCACCAAAAUAGCCAGCGAGAAAGAGUACAGGAGGGAUCUAGAGGAGGGGGUGAAGGGUAAAGGGCUAACUGUUUUUGAGGAAACUCCGGAGCUUUUGAGAGCAAGGAAUGCUACUGCUAUCCUGAGUCAGAAAGAGUACAAGAAGACAUUGGAGACAGAGAUAAAGGGCAAAGGAAUGUUGGCUUUGGGUACAGACACGCCAGACUUCAUGAGGGCUAAGAAUGCUACAGACAUCCUCAGCCAGCAAAAGUACAAGCAGACUGCUGAGGCGGACAGGGCUAGCUACACUAGUGUUAUCGACACCCCUGACAUCCUCCACGCACAGAAUAUCAGGAACAUGGUCAGCCAGAAAAAGUACAGGGAGGAGGCUAAGAAUACCAUGUCUCACUAUGUGCCCGUCCUGGACACCCCUGAGAUGAUGAGAGUCCGUGAGAACCAGAAAAACUUCAGCACUCUUCAGUACCAGACAGACCACCUUAAAAACGUUAAGGGCAAAGUGUCAUCAAUAAAGGACACCCCUGAAAUGCUACGUGUUAAAGAGAAUACAAAGAAUUUCAGCUCGAUUCAGUACAAAGAGGAUUUGGGAGGAGGAACAGCUCUGUCAGACACCCCAGAGAUGGACAGAGUUAAACGCAAUCAGACAAACAUUAGCACGAUAAAGUACAAGGACUCGUUGGGUCAGGGAACAGCCGUCUCAGACCUACCUGAGGUGAAGAGGGUUCGUGAGAUGCAGAAGAACAUCAGCUCGAUUCAGUACAAAGAGGAUUUGGGAAGAGGAACAGCUCUGUCAGACACCCCAGAGAUGGACAGAGUUAAACGCAAUCAGACAAACAUUAGCACGAUAAAGUACAAGGACUCGUUGGGUCAGGGAACAGCCGUCUCAGACCUACCUGAGGUGAAGAGGGUUCGUGAGAUGCAGAAGAACAUCAGCUCGAUUCAGUACAAAGAGGAUUUGGGAGGAGGAACAGCUCUGUCAGACACCCCAGAGAUGGACAGAGUUAAACGCAAUCAGACAAACAUUAGCACGAUAAAGUACAAGGACUCGUUGGGUCAGGGAACAGCCGUCUCAGACCUACCUGAGGUGAAGAGGGUUCGUGAGAUGCAGAAGAACAUCAGCUCGAUUCAGUACAAAGAGGAUUUGGGAAGAGGGACAGCUCUGUCAGACACCCCAGAGAUGGAGAGAGUUAAACGCAAUCAGCAACACAUUAGCACGAUAAAGUACAAGGACUCGUUGGGGCAGGGCACAGCCGUCUCAGACCUACCAGAGGUGAAGAGGGUCCGUGAGAUGCAGAAGAACAUCAGCUCGGUGUUGUAUAAAGACAGUUCUGCUAAAGGAACACCCCAAGUGUUCACUCCGGAGAUGGAGAGAGCGAAACGGAACCAAGAACAGAUUAGCUCGGUGUUGUACUCUGACAGCUUCCGUAAGCAGGUCCAGGGCAAGGCUGCCUUUGUGUUGGACACACCUGAGAUGAGACGGGUCAAGGAAACACAACGCAACAUUUCUGGAGUGAAAUACCACCAGGACUUUGAAAGGACUAAGGGCAGCUUCACUCCCACUACCUCUGACCCUGUCAUGGACCGCGUGAAGAAGAACACCCAGGAGUUCAGCGACAUCAACUACCGUGGCAUCCAGAGACGCGUGGUCGAGAUGGAGAAGAGACGCGUCGUGGAGCACGAACAGGAGACUGUCACUGAUCUACGUGUAUGGCGCACCAAUCCCGGCUCUGUGUUUGACUAUGACCCUGCUGAGGACAACAUUCAGUCCAGGAGUCUGCACAUGAUGUCAGUCCAAGCCCAGCGACGCAGCAAGGAGCACUCCCGCUCUACCAGUGCUAUGAGUGGUGUUGGCGAUGAGAAGUCUGAGGUGUCUGAGGACCCAGGACACCACAUGUCGCUAUACAGCAACGGCUUCACUCUCCCCUCUAUGGGCUACACACACACCAAGACCGUGGAGCUGCAGCAGAGGUCUUCCUCUGUAGCCACCCAGCAGACCACAGUGUCCUCUGUCCCCUCCCACCCCUCCACCACCGGGAAAACGGUGCGUGCCAUGUAUGACUACUCCUCUGCCGACAGUGACGAGGUGUCCUUUAAGGACGGUGAUGUCAUCGUAAACGUGCAGGCCAUCGAUGAAGGUUGGAUGUACGGCACCGUGCAGCGCUCAGGCAAGACUGGCAUGCUGCCGGCCAAUUAUGUUGAGGUUAUCUAAAGACAAGGCCUGCCCAUCCCCCCCAAUCCUUCCUCCAGAGUGUGCGAGACAUCCACUAGGCUCCCUGCCCCUACCUGGGUCACUUCGUAAACCUUUUGUGUAGACUAGUGCUUAAAUUAGAUUUUAGUAGCUGUGUAACGAUUAUUAGUCUACUAUAGUAUAGUGUCUACAUGAAAUUGUUGACGCCCGUUUCAUUAUCCCCUGUGGAUGACGUAGAAAUAAACAUACCAAUAUAUAGACUACUGUUGAAUGUUAAACCUUGUUUUGCAAUAACAAUGAUAUGACAAAAUCCCAUUGUGUAAAUUGCAGGCAAAUGUAUUUAUCAGUUAAAUAUUCUUAAAGCUUUAAAGUUAACUUUCACACAAGAGAUGGGCUACAUGCAAUGUAAAAGAGAACGUAUGGAGAGAAUAAAGUUGUAUUAUCACCUAAGUCUACAAGGGGUUGAUGAAGAAAAAAAAUACAAAGGAUGUGUGCCAUUGCCUCAAUGAUCUAACCUUAAACCAUGGGUCUGUUCAGGAUGUAACAUUACAGAAAGUUCAGAGAAAUGUAUUGUGUAGAACAGAUGUUUGUUCAUCAGAGAAUAGGGAACCAUGUCAGCUCUAUUCAUUGUAUUUCCAUCUACAACGUUCAGAGCGUUUCACACCCCAGUUUCUGAAGAGUUGUGCGUUCUGAAGUUGUAAAAGAGUAGCCUCUUCCCUCCUGAAGGCUGGCCGCUAGUUGCAUGUGUGUUUUGUUUCUUUCAAGUACCUAGGUCUGGGGGUCAAGGAAGACAUAUACCUUUAAUCAGUAGCUAAUAAAGCACACCACGCUCUGCACUAG